ACUCCUCCUGAGUAGUAGCAGUUGCCUCCUGCCCCAACGGUAAGGGAAGAACGUCCCUCUGGUUAACGUGUAACGACAGAGGUCACGCUAUAAAACCCUUCCCUCCUCGGCUGUCAGCAUCCCCGGCAAGGCGGCAGACAGAGCUAAAGGAAUGAAGAUCUUCCGGUCCAGAGCGAUGGCUGAGGAUAAAAAGCGGGACGGUUGAAAAAGGCAGGAGACAGCAGUGACUUGCAGCCCUUCCUCUCCAUGGAGCCCCAGCAGGCCUCCGCUCCUGAGGAUGCGGCCCCCCAGCUGAUGCUCAGGGUAGAGCGCCCGGUCUACGACGAGGGUCUCCUCCGGACUCGGCUCCUUCACCGCAAAGAGAACUCCACCACCUUCCGCCAGAGGCUCGCUGACAAGUUCAGGUGUUCGCCUGCGAGGGCCAAAGCCGUGGCUUUGAGCUUUCUGCCCAUCCUGACAUGGCUGCCCUCCUAUCCUGUGAAGCAGUACCUCUUCUCAGACGUGAUCUCAGGUCUCAGUACGGGAGUUGUGCAGCUCCCACAAGGUCUGGCCUACGCUCUUCUUGCUGCAGUGCCUCCCGUUUACGGCCUCUACUCCUCCUUCUACCCCGUUUUUCUCUACACUUUCUUUGGCACGUCCCGACACGUGUCCAUGGGCACCUUUGCUGUUAUAAGUCUGAUGAUCGGGGGCGUGGCAGUGAGGGAAGCACCAGAGGGCUCUUUCCCUGUCCUCCCCACCAAUGGCUCCAACUCGUCCAUGACCUUUGGAUCUCUUGACGACAGGAGAGUCCAGGUGGCCGUGGUGCUCACCACCAUGGUGGGAGUCAUCCAGUUUGUAUUCGGCCUUCUCAGGUUUGGCUUCGUGGCGAUCUACCUGACGGAGCCUCUGGUGAGAGGCUUCACCACAGCGGCGGCCAUGCAUGUCGUCAUCUCCCAGCUGAAGUACUUACUGGGAGUGAAAACGCAGCGCUUCUCCGGACCUCUCUCUGCUGUUUAUAGCGUUGUAGCCGUAUUCAGCCAAAUCAAACAGACAAAUAUUCCCUGUCUCCUCCUGGGCCUUGUGAGCACCGUCUUUCUGUACGGGAUCAAAGUCAUCAACGAGCGCUUCAAGAAGAAGCUGCCCGUCCCCAUUCCUGGAGAGAUUAUCGUGGUUAUUGUGUCAACUGGGGUCUCUUAUGGUUUAUCCCUGUCGGAGAUACACAAGGUGCAAACCGUUGGGAAGAUACCAUCAGGGCUUCGUGCUCCCGCUGUCCCAGAUUUCUCUCUGAUACCAAAUUUGAUCCCGGAUGCCUUCGCUGUAGCCAUUGUGGGAUUCUCAAUGAGCAUCUCUCUCGCAAAGACCUUUGCCUUGAAGCAUGGUUACAGCGUGGACGGCAACCAGGAGCUGAUCGCCCUUGGCUUCUGCAACUUCAUUAGCUCCUUCUUCCACACCUUUGCCAUCACCUCUUCGAUGUCGAGGAGUUUGGUGCAGGAAAGCACAGGAGGAAAGACGCAGAUCGCAGGACUGCUGUCGUCUCUCGUAGUGCUGCUGGUUGUGUUGGCCAUCGGUUUUGUCUUCCAGCCUCUCCCUCAGACUGCACUUGCAGCUAUCAUCAUAGUCAACUUAGUGGGGAUGUUCAAGCAGUUCAGAGAUAUUCCCUCUCUGUGGAGGACCAGUAAGAUUGAACUGGCUAUUUGGCUGGUGUCCUUCGUAGCGUCUGUACUGUUGGGUCUGGAUUACGGCCUCCUGGCAGCCAUCGCCUUCGCCAUAAUAACUGUCAUCUACAGGACACAGAGCCCUAAAAGUUCCAUCCUGGGUCAUGUUACAAACACGGGACUCUAUUAUGAUGUGGAAGAAUAUGAAGAGGCGUCUGAAUACGAGGGGAUUAAGAUUUUCCACUCCAACUCCUCGGUCUACUUUGCUAACAGCGACCUUUAUGUGAACAAACUCAAGGAAAAGACAGGGGUAAACGCAGAGGAGCUGCUGGCAGCACAGAAAGCCAGAAGAAAACAAAAGGCAAAAGAAAACAAAGAGCAAAACUCGCCAAUUAAGAUUUGUGCAAAGUACAAGGAUGAGACGGAGAAUGUAACCCAUGAGGUCGUGCCUCAGAGCCACGGGGCGCAGGGGCUGACAAACGGCGAGUUGGAGGACAAGCGCAGCGAUUCCACCUCUGAGGAGGCUGUCUUCCUCGAGCCUCUCAGCUCCGUCCAUUCCAUUAUCCUGGACUGGACCAACGCCAGCUUUAUCGAUUCAGUGGGAGCCAAAGCCAUCAAACAGGUCAUUAAGGAAUAUGCAGUAGUUGAUGUGCGGGUGGUCAUUGCUGGCUGCAACAGAAGUGUACUGGCCGAGCUGGACGCCCUGCAGUUUUUCACCGGGGAAAUCUCCACAGACAUGGUGUUCCCCACUGUUCACGAUGCCGUCCUGCACUGUCAGCACUCUAACUCCAGGCCCCCCGCCGCCUCAGAUGAAGCCUGAUCACAUUCAUAGCCUGAACCUGGCCGGCUGUUGGAGCAGUGAACUCAUCAGCGAAACAAUGGUUCAUAUUGAACAGUGGUUGUUGUGUUUUUUUUAUUAAAUAGCACAUGUAGAUGCUUUUUGUAUUCUCAACAGCUUUGACCAUCUCAGCUAUGUGUACGAUUCACUGAGCUUCAUCCCUCUGCAUCCUCCAGGUGGUCCACAGAUACAGAGUAGAGAAAGUUGCACUUUUAACACCUUUUGUAGUUCAGGGCUGCUUUAGACUCGCUGCUGUGAGUUUUGUCCAAAUGAGAAUCCGAAAAUCAUUUCGAGGAGUUUAACAUGUGGAAUCAAUGUUUGUGUAAGUGAGCCUCUCAUUGUGAAGCUGAUGUCUGACAUCUGAGGUUACUGACUAAUGUUGCUGUGCUCAACGUGUCAUUCUGAACAGGUUACAUGUCGUAUUUACAUUGGAAAUGAUCAAAAUGGGUCACUUGUCUUGUCUGUUACUGCGCUGCGAUAUUUUUUUGUAGUUAGGAUUUUAAAAGAAAUGGGACUUAAAUCUGGAAUAAACUUUAUUUUUACUUGAA